AUGAGUUAUAAAAGUACUAGUGUUUCGAUAGCUAAAGUAGAAGGAAGCAUUGAAGGGCUUGCUGGGAAAGUUGCAUCGAAUGCUAAAACAGACUACAUCUUUGGAAAAACGUUAGGUGCAGGGACUUUUGGUGUGGUAAGGCAAGCUAGAAAGCUAUCGACAAAUGAAGAUGUAGCUGUUAAGAUUUUGUUAAAAAAGGCACUUGAGGGGAACUCUGUGCAGUUACAGAUGUUAUACGAUGAGCUAUCUAUUUUACAGAGAUUAAACCAUCCAAACAUUGUGGAGUUCAAAGACUGGUUUGAAACUAAGGAAAAAUUCUUUAUCGUUACACAAUUGGCUACAGGAGGUGAGCUUUUUGACAGAAUCGUGAAAAAAGGUAAAUUUACAGAGGAAGAUGCCAUUAAAAUUUUGGUUCAAAUUUUAGGUGCAGUAGAGUAUAUUCAUUCCAGAAAUAUCGUUCACAGGGAUUUGAAGCCAGAAAAUUUAUUAUAUAUUGAUGAAGCAGAUACUUCACCUCUUGUGCUGGCUGAUUUUGGUAUUGCUAAAGAAUUAAAAAGUGGAGAUGAGUUGAUUUUCAAAGCAGCUGGUUCUUUGGGUUAUGUUGCGCCAGAAGUUCUUACAUCGGAUGGUCAUGGAAAACCUUGUGAUAUUUGGUCCAUUGGUGUAAUAACAUACACAUUGCUGUGUGGGUAUUCUGCGUUUGCUGCGGAAAGUGUCGAGGGAUUCUUGGAUGAAUGUACACAGAACGACAAGCCUGUUGUUUUCCAUAAGCCGUAUUGGGAUAACGUCUCUGAAGAUGCGAGAAAAUUUAUCUUAAGGGCAUUGACGUUGGAUCCUACUAAAAGGCCAACUGCAACAGCUCUUCUGGAAGACCCUUGGAUUCUUGGACGAAACGUGCAGAAGAAUGAUUUAUUACCUGCUCUUAAAAAGGGUUUUGAUGCCCGUAAGAAAUUUCGUGAGGCUGUGGAAUUAGUGAAGUUGAAUAAUAGAAUUCAAAAACUAAGACAACUGUAUUCCUUGGGAGAAGAAGAAUCUGACUCUGAUAUUGAGGAAAAUAGUGUAAACAGUGUAAACCCUUCUCUGGGUGUACUAACAAAUGCCCUUCAUAACCUGUCAAUAUCGCCAUCCCAUACAGGCAAGUCACCUGAAUUAACAGCAGAACAAAAGAAAAUGAAGUCUCAUUUGACUCAAGAUGCAUUUGCCCAGAUAGUUAUGGCGGCUACAAAAAAUAGGCAUAAGGUCAUGAGCUAUCAAGAUUCCGAGAGUGAGGUUUCUGCAGUCUCAUUGAACUCAAGUCCUUCGCGAUGA